AUGCUUCAAUCUUUUAUGGCCACUCUGGCUUUAUCAUCGAUUGCUGCUGCUAUGCCUUUUGACGCUGGAUAUUUCAAUACGUCUGCAUCAUUAGGCUCUUCUACAGCAUCUUCUUCUUCUUCAUGUUCUACAGAUGUUACCCUAACUUCAAUUUCUAGCGUAACAAUUUACGGAUCAUCUUCUGUUGCAAACUCUACUACUGGCACCGCUACUGCCAUCGCCUCUUCGACGGCCACUCCAUUCAUCUCUGGUGAAUUUACCAAUGAUGAACCAAUUUGGAGUAUCUAUAUUCCUCAAAGUUCUUUCAGUGACAUGACUGGAUUUAGCAUCGAUUCUGAGGGUAGUUUCGAAGGAUUUAGCCUUGGCGAUAGUGCCAUUUCUCUUUAUAGCGGAAGUUUGGAUGAUUUCAGUGAUAUCAGCAGUACUCUUGAUGAUGAGAGCACAAACGACACAGUUGCUGUUUCAUUUAAUGGAAGAACUACUGACGAGUACCUUAAAUUGGUUAUCAGUGCCACUGCCAGCGAAUCUCAGGGCUCAUACACGGCUGCAUUUGAUCUCUAUAUCGACGAGCUCAACAGUACUAAAAGAGAGACUUUGGAUUACUACUUAGAGUACACCAUCGAUGUUGAUGGGUUCGUUACUACUAACACUUACUUGUCAUGUUCUGGUACUGAAUGCGUUACCACGUCUUCCACCGGUUUCAUUGCAACCGGUUCUGCAAUCACCAGCUCCUCUGAGCCAACAUCUCUUACAACAAUAACGACUACUACUUGCUCUGAUGGUUCUUGCCAAACCUUGACUACUACAGGUUAUGAAUCUGUGUAUACUACUACUGACAAUGGCGAGGAAACUGUCGUUACUGACUUUAUCCCAAUUACUGGUGAUCAAGCCACUGCAACAGCUACAGGUGGCGAGGCUACCGUUUACAGCACAGUUAUUUGUACCGAGACUAAAUGUUCCACUGAAAUCAUUCCAGUUUCUAGUGAGUAUGUUUACACAACCUCAACCAAUGGUGAAGAAGUUGCUGUUACCAGCUAUGCCGCAAUAACUAGUGGUGACUCUGUUGCUGCAGCUACUGGCUAUACAAGCUCUGUGGACAACUGUACCUCAAUUCUCAUGAGUGGUAGCACUUAUUUGACGACCAUAAGCGGCCAAGAGACUGUUGUCACUGACCUCUAUCAGUUGUCAGAGACUCUAUCUACCGUGACAACUACUGAUGCCUACGGAAAAACUACCGUGUACACUACUGUGUGUCCUAAUACUGGAGCCUCUGAGACUCCGGAGUCAACCGUCGUUUCUGGAGCCUCUGAGACUGGUAGUAACUCUGUUGCUGCAGCUACUGGCUAUACAAGCUCUGUUGUUGGCAACCGUACCUCAAUUGUCAUGAGUGGAAGCACUUAUUUGACAACCAUAAGCGGUCAAGAGACUGUUGUCACUGACCUCUAUCAGUUGUCAGAGACUCUAUCUACCGUGACAACUACUGAUGCCUACGGAAAAACUACCGUGUACACUACUGUGUGUCCUAAUACUGGAGCCUCUGAGACUCCAGAAUCAACUGCCAUUUCUCCAGUUGUUGAGACCGUUUAUUUGUUCAAUUCCUCGUCUCCAGAGACUACUACGAGCUCUACUAUUAGUCAAGCUUCAAAAUCUUUGGUGUCUUCACAGUCUUAUAGUACUGUCACCACAGUUUCCAACGGUAAGACUACAGUAUAUCUCACAACAUGCCCAGACACUACUACUACUAAAGCUACCACUAUUGCUCCAGUAGAGACCACUGAAAUUCUACAGUCAGAUGCUACGGUCACACAAACGGAGAUUUGUACCGAAACAAAAUGUUCCGAGACAAGCUCAUUAUCUCAGCAAACUACGGUUCCAAUCUUCUCGUCUUCUACUGUUAGUCUGUCCGUGGAGAAUGAAGUUACAAGAAGUGAAAAAGUGUACACUUCAAGUGUUAGCGGAGAAAUCAUCACAUUGACCACCUAUUAUACAGUUUCCUCUUCCAAGGCCAGCUCCACUGUUGCUCCAGAGAGUACCAAUGUUCCAGCUGUCAGCGAAGUUACUGCCAAUAUCGCUGCUGCCAAUUCCGCACUCAAUGCAGGUAUCAUAGGAUUGGCUGUCGGUGCCAUGUUCAUGCUCUGA